CGAUGUUAAUUAAUGCAACGUAAGAUACACGAUCACAUUCGACAAAAAAAAGCGCUACCAUAAUUGCCCUGUUUGAUUUGGUAUUUUAAAAACGAAUCAAAAUUAAUUUAAAAUAAUAGCGGAUGGCAGCUACACCAUUGGUGUCUUCCGCUUUAACGCCAUCCACUGUCGUUACAACUACUCCAAGAUCAGAUCUUAUGGCCAAACAAACGAAUAGUACGACUACAAUCAAUGUACAUGGAAAUGAGAAUCUGAUGAGCAUCACCAAUGAAACACAUGAUGAUCAUCUAUAUUUAUCAUCAAAAUUUUAUAAUAAUAAACAAAAGAAUUUAAAAACUAAACGAUCCAUGCAGCAUGUACAAAACGGAAAUAAUCAUGUUCACUCGAAAUCAAAUGGAAUAACCAUGAAUGGUGGUAAAAUUCAAACAGAAUUCAUUAUCAAUACAACACGGCCUUCAUUUGUUGAAAUUGCUGGUAGUUCAUCUAGUUCUCAACAUCAUCAUCAUUCGAAUCAUGGUGUCCAUCAUCAUGGAAGUAAUCAAAUUUUUCUCAAACAACAUCAAAAUACAUUGAAUAAUAAUCAUAAUACAUUACAAUCAUCAGAUGAUACAUCUAGUACAUUUAUCGAUGAUGAUUAUAUUGAUGAAGAUUCUAAUACGGAUACUCAAAGUUGUUCUAGUUCUUCAGGAUGUUCUAGCAGUUCAAAUUCUAUGGUUGGUUCGGUUAAUCGACAUUUAUCAUUGAAUGUUCAUCAAAACUCAAUUAAACAACAAUUGACUACAACUACGACAAUCGGUUAUCCAAAUAUCUUAAAACAACAUCAAUUGAAUGGUUCUACAAUAACCAAUAAUAUGUGUCAUUAUACUAAAGAUUUAACGCCCAAACAGGUAAAAAGAAGAUUAGACUGGGAUUCACCUCCAACAUCAGCAUCGCCACCCGAAUCAUCCAAUACCAUAAAUAGUGUUGGCGUUUUAAGCAAUGGUAAUCCUGUAGCAACAACUACGGCAAUUCCAGUGGCCAAAACAACAAUGACAGCAGUAAAUGGAAAACCCGUUAGUGUUCGGACGUUUAAAUUAACAAAUGCAAUGAAACAAAGCCUUGUGGCAUCCGGCUGUUCUCAAGCGGUUGCCGUUGCUGCUGUAGCUGCUGCUUUUCAUACAAAUGGUGGUGCCAAUCAACAACAAUCCCAACAUCAUUCACCCGAUCGAUUAAUAACGGCAACAGCUGCUAGUUGUGGUUCUGACCCGGGUAUCUGUCCCGUUACUUCAGCGAUCACACCUGCCGUUGUUACUCCGACAGCUGUACAAAUUGUAACUAAUAUUUCAGAACUAUCGCCAUCAUCGCCAACCAUUGCUAUUGUGAAUUCGAGCCCUACACAACUUGCACAGCGAACAACGAACGGUAGUUUCCAAACAGCUACCGCUUCCAAUUCGAUGCAACGACAUCAGACACAAAACGAUAUAUUCAAAACUCCAUUGGCACCUAGCACUCCUUCAACGGCAAAUGGUCAUUCACAGUCUCCACAAAAUUCCGCUCAUCGUUUUUAUAUUGUUAACAAUGGGGGUGAGUCUGAAAUGAAAACUCAUUGUUUAAAUAUCAAAUCAAAAAAUUCAACUGCGGUCCGAUUGACUCCAAUAUUGGCAAACACAGUAGUCAAACAACAACAGUCAUCAGGGAAUCAGCGAUCGAACAAACGUGUUCGAACCAUCAAAAAGGAAUCGAAUUUUGAAGAUUCUGUCACCGAGAGCAAUUCGCCACGUGUGAACUAUAUCCGUGGACGGCCGAUGAAUGGAGCGAUGAACGGUCCUAAUAAUGGCAAGUCGAAUUCUUUCGAGUCGUCAUUGCCAUAUUCACCAUCUCCGGAUCUAUCAUCAUCACCUAUCAUGAUGAGCGAAGAUGGUGAUGAUUGCGGAUCAAAUAUCGGAGAUUUGUUUAUUAACACUUCAUCAGGAUCCACUUUUGGAGGCAACGGAUAUUAUGGCAAUGGUGGUUUGCCAAGUACAUCAUCUUUAUCAUCCUCAUAUCCAUAUAGUCCAUCUUCAUCAUCAUCAAGUGAUUUCGCCCCUCAUCAUCAUCAACAACAUACAAAUACAUCCAAUUCAACUGGUCGUAAAUCUGGUCGUACACGCUAUGAAACUUCGUUAGGUCAACUGACCCGUAAAUUUAUCUCAUUAUUACAAGAAUCGGCAGAUGGUUCGAUCAAUUUGAACGAUGCAUCCGAUGUUCUGCAAGUACAAAAACGUCGAAUCUAUGAUAUAACAAAUGUGCUUGAAGGUGUUGGCCUAUUGCACAAAACAUCCAAAAAUAAUAUUCAAUGGAGAGGUGGUAUUGUCGAUUAUUUUUCUGGUCGCAAUCCAUCUGAUCUUACUGAUCAAACCUCACAUUAUCGCAAUCGUAGGCCACCACCUUUAUCAUUAUUGUUCAAUGAAAAUAGUAAUGAAUCUAAUAGUGAUGGCUACCAUAAUAAUCAUAGUGUUUGUUCAUCGUCUUCCCAAUCCUCAUCGAUUGAUCACAGAUUAAGUGAACUUGAAAACGAUGAAAAUCGUUUAGAUCAUCUUCUAAGUGUUGCCCGCGAUAAUCUCAAUAGAGUCAAGCUUGAUCCUUAUCUUUAUGCGAGCUAUAAUGAUUUGCGUAAAGUUCCGCAAUUCCACGAUCAAACUGUGAUAGGAAUUCGACCUCCUCUCGAUACCGAACUUCUUGUUUCUGAUCCUUCAGAGAGUUUACAAAUUCGGUUGAAAAAUUCUCGCCGCCAAAUGAUAGAAGUCUAUCUUUGUCCGCCUCCCAAUGAUGAUGAAACGAAUAAUGGGGACCCAACACUCGCUAAUUAUGAGUUCCAAUCAACAACUCUUGACGAACAAUUGCAGACAGCACCUACGCUAAUUAGAAGUUCCUCUUCUUCACCCCCAGUCAACGAAAUUAUUCCGGUGGAUGCCAAUCCUGAGGAAUUAGUAACUGAAACAGCUACCAACCAAGCCGCAUGUCAUUCGGAUAUGCAGAAUACCGAAUCUGGUUAUCAUUCAUAUUAUGGAAGUGGUUCAAUUCAGACUCCUGUACGAGCAUCAAUGACCGACACAACUAGAAUGGCUACCAAUUCAGGUAACGGAAGUAUUCAUAAAAGCCAUCAGUCACAGCACGUAAUUCAAUCGCCUAAUAAGUGUUCUUCAGUAUAUGAUGACAAUGAUAGCCAGAUCAUCGUCAAAAGCGAACCAUCAUCUAGCCAUGAUAGUUACGCACAUGCAUUCAUCUGUCAUGAUGAUGAAUUCGGCCCAUUUGGAUCUCGCACUUAUAUGACCCAGACUGAAGACCAAAUAACAUUAAAGUCUUCCUCAUCGUCGCCAAUAUCUAGGCAGAAUGAACACAGUGGUAAUAGUUCUGCAACGCCAAAUAAUCAUGAUCAUAGCUCGAAUAAUAAUAAUAAUAAUAAUCAAACUCAUCGAUCCAGUCAUCAUCAUAGCCAUUAUCAUUCAUCAUUAUCACAUUGUCAUUCAUCACCCAUCAUGAUUCCAUUAGAGCCACCGGUAACGAACGAUGCCGAUGAUUAUAAUUUUACCCUUUGUGACAAUGAAGGCAUCGCCGAACUAUUUGAUGAUAAUGGUUUAUCUUUUGACAUUUAACACCUUUUAAUGCACUAUUUUAACAACCGAUCAGCGAUUUUUUUUCCAUCAUUUUUAAAUUUUAUAUUUUAAAAAAUUUGU